AAGCUGGAAUAAAUUAGAAUAGGAAUUAUUUUGAAACAUGGCUUUUCCAUAACGGUAACUGUUGACAUAUUAGAAGGAAAAAUAUCCCACAGGUUGUACUGGUGAAUUAAUCAGUGCUGACCCAAGUUUUCAAUUGAACUAUUCACAUUCGACUCAAAUUGAUUAGCUGAACGACAGGGACAGCACAAGAAUAUCUCUGCCUGCACUAUAGGCCAAGACUGCUACUGCAUUUGCAACUUUAAAAAUCAGAUGCUUUUGAUUACUCUAAUACCAUGAAUGACACAAAUGAAAGUGCGGCGUGUGGAGACAUAGGAUUACCGAUAUGUAGCAACCCGGUCGUAUACGCCGUCCUCAUCUUCCUCAUCACGGCCAUGAUCAUCGCCGGAAACAUUCUCAACCUGUGCGUGCUGAUCAUGACCAAACGAUUACACAACAACCCGGGCUACUUCAUGAUGAAUUUAGCACUCACAGACCUGGGCGCGGGUUUGGUUUUGCUGGUGAGAAGUAUACCAUUGUCCAUCCAAGGAAUGUGGCCAGUUUCUCAAUUGUCACGUGACGUGCACGGUUUCUUCGCACAGUUAUUCGUGGCCGUAUCAAUCGCGACAUUAUCGGCAGUUAGCUUUGAUCGCUACCUGUCGAUUUCAAAACCGCUACACUACCCAUCAGUAAUGACAACCAAACGUUGCAUACUUAUCAACGCAUUCUGUUGGGCAUUGAAUAUCGUGACAUUACUUGCACCGUUCCUUGGUUUUGGUGAGUUUAUGUUCAACCCGCAGACCUACGUCAGUCAUUUGAACUUCCCCAACAAUCUCUACAUUGUCAUCUACUCCUACACUCUGCAAGUUGUCCCAGGGAUGCUGGUCAUUUGUUUCUGCUAUGGGCAGAUCUACAGAAUCACCAAGCGCCAUAUCGCCGCCAUCAAUAACAUGUCAAAGCAAAUGAACCAAUCCGCACAUCAGCCGAAAGCGAGCAAAGCAAUCAAGACAAUGGCAGUGACUGUGCUGAUGUUUUUCAUUUGCUGGGUACCCUACUGCACUCAACAAGUCAUCUUAGCUCUACUCCCGGACACAAAAAAGAAAUCAACUCCUCAUGCUUUAGAUUUUACGCUAACGUGGUUGGCUAUCAGUAAUAGUUUCAUGAACGCUAUAAUCUAUUGUGUGACGUAUCGUGAGUAUAGAUUGGGUAUGAAACAAUUACUUUUAAAACUAUUCAGGAUAAAACCAGAGACUGAAGGUGACCCACAUUCCAAUAGCCAUGUGUCCACGGUUCCAGACCAUCCAGUGUCACGAAGACCCACGAGAUGACAUCAGACACUAACUUGGAUCAAACUCUGUAAUACCAAAUCUUUCACAGUUCUUUUCAAGAAUUUGAUACGAUCUCAA